GAGGGGGAGGAGUCCAGCUCUGUGACAGCAGCAGUCAGGAGAGACUCGGAGAUUAUCACCAGGGAGAAGUUGUCCUAGCUGCCUGCUGCAGUCUCACUGUUGUAUGCCUCUCUGACAUUCUCUUUGCAGCUGGGAAUGUGAUGGGUGUUGCCGCUGAUCCCCUGAGAAGCUUCCUUCAGCCAGACUGAUGAUGGGGUGCUGCCACUCUCUACUGACCGCAGUGAACUUCAUUGUCUCCUUACAGAGGAGGCUCAACGGGGAAUAAAACAGCCACUGGUUGAUCAGGAGAUUAAUACGGCCGCCUUACACUGCUGUUCUCUUACUCUCUGUUCCUGGCUGAAAUGUGAGCAGGAUAAUUCUCUAACUCCAGGUCUCGGAGCAGCUACAUGUUGCUGUUCGGCUUUAAUCUUGUUGCUUUUCAUUUGGAGUUAUUUGGACUGACUAGUGCCAUCGCUUACAGAUUCAAACCAUAACCUUUUCAUGUCUGCUGUGAGUGUGACAGCCAGCCUGUGACAUGGGAGGAGCAGGACUCUACAGGCUCUUCUAUUACUUCAUUCUCAACUCCCCUUUCAUGAUAUGUGCAUAUGCUGUGUUCAUCGAAGUCCCUAAAGAUGUGAGUGUCGGGGAAGGAGAGGACGUGGAGAUGCCCUGCGCGUUCAAAGCUCUCAGCUCUGCACCCAUGUCUUUGGAAAUUCAGUGGUGGUACAUCAAACUAAACAGCCCCAAAGAACCACCUCAAGAGCUGCAGAUAGGUCCUCCAGCGAACAGGGCCAAGGACUGUUUAAGAGAAGCUACAAAAAUAAGUACUGUGCGUGUUCAAGGGAAUGCCAUCUCCCACCACCUCAGUCUUUCCAAAGUAAACAAAGAAGAUGAGGGGGUGUACGAGUGUCGUGUGUCUGAUCUUUGGGCCGAAGAGACUCAGGAAUUUACAGUUCAUGCAACAUUGAGCAUCACAGCAGGUGGUGGCAUGGUGGCUGAGGAGGCUGUGUCACACAUUCAGAACCGUUGGUCACUAAGGAAUACCAACGUAGCUUUGGGAUGGGGCUCAGCAGGCCGUGCCACCUCCAAGCCAAGCCAGCGACUGACAGGAUCUGGGACAGGGCAGCAGAAACACUGGGUACCUCAGCCCGACCGCCUACCUUCCAUGUCAUCCACCACUACUAUCUCAGUGGCAAAGUCAUCAGCCUCACAACUGCAAGGGAGCACAGCACUCCUCUCUCACACGGCUGUCACACCAAUGCAGGUGAGAGGGCAGCUGAUGAGGCUUAAACAGAGGAAAGCCUCAGGACCAGACGGCAUCCCCCCCAGGCUGCUGAGGACCUGUGCAGAUGACCUCUGUGAGUUCCUCAGCUUCAUCUACAACCUGAGCCUCA